ACUGCACCUGUGAGCCAGGCGGGCGGGAGCUGACCGUCCACUGUCCGCACUACCCGGGCAGGGCGGUGCCGGCCCUGGACUCACUGACCACUGGGGAGGGGCGGGCUCUGUCUCUCUUCCUGCACCAGCCCGGCCUCACUCACGUAGGACCCGGUGACCUCCCCACCAGCCCCCCGCUCACACAACUCACACUGACCGCCGGUCACUCGCUGACCUAUGACCCCGCCACGUUCACGGCCUGUGCCGCCAGCCUGCAGAGACUGGACCUAGAGUUGGGUGCUCACUCCCUGGACACGCCCUUCACCGCCGUCAGUCCCUUCAGCCGGCUGGUCAGCCUCACUCUCCGCUGUAAGCACGCGCGUGUGGCGGCCACGGUGAGAAGCCCCAUGCUGUCUGGCGAGGUGAGCCACUCACUCCGACAGCUCACCCUCACCUCUCUCGCCAUCUCCUCCCUCACCACCUCCGCCCUCCCCGACCUUCACAAUCUCACAGACCUGGCCUUGCCCAGAAAUCUGCUCACGGAGGUCCCGUCCUUCCUGGUCACGUGGUCUCUGACGUCACUGAACCUGGAGGGGAACCGGAUCAGCCGCCUGACCACUGGUCACCUCCCGCGUACGCUGCAACACCUGUACCUGGCCAACAACAGGAUUCAGGUCAUUGACCCCGACACCUUCCACCAGCUGCCUGGCCUUAUCGACCUUGACCUCAGCAAGAACCCCCAGCUGACCCCGGGCCAGGACACCUUCCGCUCACUCACCCGGGGCUUCCUCAACCUGGCUCACACGCGCCUGGACAGCCUGGACUUUGUGCGUGAGUCGUGGGUGAGCACGGUGAGCCUGGAGGUGAGCGGGGCCGGGCUGCCCUGUGACUGCAAGCUGCGCUACUUCCUGCUCAACAGGACGGCCGACAUCUCCGGCACGUGCCUCGACUACGUGGGUGAGCAGGUGCGCGUGCCGGGCCGUGAGUUCUGGGAGUACGUGAGGGGGGUGGACUGUGACUGUCUGAGGGAGGCUGGUGAGUCGUGUGCUCAGCCUGUGCUGGUCUCACACAGCGGGGCGCGCGGGACCCGUCCUGUCUCCUCUCUACUCGCCUUCUCUCUAUCCCUCAUGUCUCUGGCAACACUCCCCUAGGAACUCCUCUUUACUCGCCUUUUCUCUAUCCCUCAUCCGUAAUCGCCUUCUCUCUAUCCCUCCUGUCUCUGGCAACACUCCCCUAGGAACUCCUCUCUACUCACCUUCUCUCUAUCCCUCAUCCCUAAUCGCCUUCUCUCUAUCCCUCCUGUCUCUGGCAACACUCUCCUAGGAACUCCUCUCUACCCGCC